GGCAAGCUACAUCCUCUACAUAUUCUAAAUAAUUCUCAAACACGUAAGACCAGAUAAAGCAUUUCGUUCUUUGAUUAACACAACAUUCGUCAAUUUUAUGGACGUCUUGGAUAAUGAAGAAAACAGGUACACGUCGAUCAUUCAAGGUAAAAGGUGAAUUUUUUUCAUACCAAGAAGGAGAAAUACUUCCUGACAGCGAGGACAAUGUUGAGUAUGUAUCACUUACGAAAGAAAAUACAAGCAAACUGCCAUGGAGGAUGAUGGAAAAAGCAAGAGUGUUUAUUUGUGGAAUUUUAAACGCAGGAACUAAAGGAACAAUAUAUUUUGGAACUGGUGACACAAAUGACCCAACGACCAGUUAUAAACGUGGUCAAAUCAUUGGUUUGGAAAUCCAAGAUUUAAAAGAUGAAAUCAGCAAAGCAUUUCAGUCAAUGUUGAAUCAUCACAUCAAAAGUGAUAAUGGUGAACUGACAAAGGGUGGUGAUAUGGAAUGUAUUAAAAUACAUUUUGUUCCAGUAAAAAAUCGCCAGCAAUUUACUCAACGUUAUGUGGUUGAAAUUCAGGUGGAACGACUCUGGACGUUUUGCGAAGAUUACGUAUAUUAUUUUCAGAAAUGGGCUGAUAAGGAAGAAGAAACGUUUGGCGCUGGGAAAACAGAUACUUUUGGGAUAGCACAAGUCUGUCGCAACCUGAAAUUGAUAGACUUUCAAAACAGAUAGGGGGAAGAUAUGACGAACUUGGACGCCUCGCCAACCUGAACGGGGUUGACAAUGUAACGAACAACAACGUUCAACUUCCAAAGCCAGCGCAAAAGCUGCAAAAAUUCUCAACAUGAUAAACGAGUCGAGUUUUAGUCGAAAAAAGCUGGCCAAUCAUUUGAAGGAAAUGCGCCUAGAAAACUUAGCUGACGAAGUAUCACGUGGAACAUUGCGAUAGCCGAACAGACACUUGAUAAUUCAAUAUAACA